AUGUCUCGGGUAAGAGAACAUGUUAUUUGUGGUAUACAUCUAUUCACUUUUCGUGAAGAUGUUAGCACAAACGUGGUAAUGAACCUCUACGGAUAUCAGCAGGGUGGCGACGGAGCGGAGGUCUACCGUUCCAUUCAGAGCGGAAACAAAACCGAUUCCUACGCUCACCUCGAUGAAGUGGUUCUGAUCAACGCCAAGAAGAUGGUGGCAACUACAAGACUUGCAAUGACGAAUGGCCGAGAUUGUGCUAUGCAACGGAAAUUAUUGCCUGGCAUGCAUGCGAUUGGCACUCGAAUACUCGCCCAAGAAGCACGGUCAGCCACCGAUUUUUCACGGUGGAUGAGAAUAGUUGAACGCUCCUAUUCGUGGAUCACGUCAAAAUCAGAGCAGAAACAAUUUUUUGAAGAGCGUCAGCGAGGAACCCUCAAUCAUAUUCCGGAUUUGAUCUUUUAUAAUCUGCGCGCUAGUGUGGCCAUGACUCGUGGUGGAGAACGAGCACAGGGAAAAGAUGGGGUUGCACGCGCACAAAAUCUGCGGCGCGAAGCAGGCGGCUCACAGCUACCGACUGAUUUUGGUGUGCUUCGA